CACAGACGGUCGCUGUUUGACAAAUGCGCUGCUCUCCUCCCCUCUCCAGUCUGCUGCUGUGCCUUGCUUUAGCACUGUGUCUUCUGUCUGAAACACACACAAAACUGUGCUUUUUUGACGUGAAUUGUCAGUACUGUGGAGAGAAAUACAAUAAAAGUGCUGAACAGGUUUCAUGCUAGACGGAUGGCUGUCCGUCUUCUCCGAUCCAUGGCCCCGCUCGCAUCCAUCGCCCUGCUCCAUUGCAGGCGUUCCCCUAGAUCAGCAGAGCGUCUACUAACUUUGACUCCGCCCACUGCGAUAGUGGGACUGAACAACAAGACUAUUCUUCAGCUAGCAUUCAGUAUAAGAACGUGUCGUAGCAAGAAGACAUGGCCCAAAACCUUCUCCGAGGAAGAGUUGAGGAAACGCUUGACCCCAAUGCAGUACCAUGUUACUCAGGAAAAAGGCACAGAAAGUGCUUUCACAGGAAAAUAUACAGAUAACAAAGAGGAGGGAACCUACCAUUGUGCCGUCUGCGGUGCCCCUCUUUUCACGUCUGAUAAGAAGUUUGACUCAGGAUCAGGAUGGCCUUCCUUUUUCGAUUUGAUCAAUAAGGAGUCUAUAACGCAAACUGAUGACUUUUCAUACGGCAUGCAUAGAGUGGAGACAACCUGCAGUCAGUGUGGAGCUCACCUUGGCCACCUCUUUGAUGAUGGACCCCGGCCGACAAAGAAGCGUUACUGCAUAAACUCCGCCUCCCUCAGCUUCCAAGCAAAAAACAGUGCUUCUGGAGAGGCGCGACCAAUCGGAGAAGCAGGCCAAUCACCGUCUUCUAGUAAGAACGAUGAACUUUAACAAGACUUGAAAUAGACCAAGUUGCAUAUGUCACGCAUAGACUACUCCAGAAAUAUCAAUUCCAUAUAUUUCAUGUUCGGGUGAAUAUAUUUUGCAACAUUUGUCUGAAUGAUUGGUCCUUCAGAAAUGCAGUAUGCAAUGCCAGAUACAGGAUCUGGUUAUAAUGGCCUUACGUUUGCUUCUCAACUUCAUGACAUAAGUAAUAGCUUUCUGAAAAGCUGAAUUUGAUCUGAAAAAAAAGUUUGGUGGCUUUCAUAAUGUUUGGACUAUACAGUGUAAUAUUUUUGAGAUCUGGGUCCUGUGGUAAAUUUAAAUCAAUGGCAAUGCAUUUCUGUAUUUAAAUGUACAUUUUUCAUGCUAUAUGCACAAUGUUUGGUGCAAAAUGAAAAUUGAUUUAUUUAAUUUACAUUUGGUCCUGUUUUAAAUGCGUUUUCUAUGCUUUUUAAGUUGCAAAAUUAAAUUGGAAAUGUGUUACCUAAGCUGAUUAGAUGUGUUUAACAUGAUCACGCAAAAACUGUAGCAAAAUGAUCAUUUAAAUGUAAUUUUCCUAAAUACAUUAACUGGUAAAACACAUGGGAUUGCAUUUUCAUUAUAGCGCGCAAUGAAUGUAGAAAACGCCAAAUGUAAAUUAAAUGAUUAAAUUUUUAUUUUGCACCAAACGUUGCGCAUAUAGCAUGUAAAUACGUAAAAUAUGUACGAAUUGCCAUGAGAUAGCGUUAUAUCCAAAGCGACAGAUAACAGUGAGGAGAAACAAUCAAGACAUUUUGAAUUAAAUAAAGUCAAUUUCUGGAAAUUUUGGAAACUUUCCAUGGAAUUUAUAGAAAUUGUGGCACACGGAAAAAAGACUAGAACUAAUGUUUGUAUGUGAUACAGACAGCAAAAUUGACUAAUAAUUUCCUUUAAUUUCUUAAAUUUUUAACUGUCAAGCAAAUCUGUAAUACUGAAGAAGUUACACAAGAUCGGAUUUUCUUGCCUCCUUUUAAAUUUUUGGUAGAAUUCACAAAUCUUCCUUGGAAAACAUGGAUCGUUAAGAUUUGGAAAUAUUAUCCAAUUUAUUCAAUUUGAAAUUUUUGAUCUUAAAAUUUUUUGGAAAAUCAUAGUAGUGGUCAAAGACAUUUGGAUUCCACUGUAUAUUGAAAGCCCAAUGAUUAGAAACAAAUCCUAUACGUGCACUCGGAGAGCCGAGCUGUUUCUGAAGUGACAUGCGAUACAGGGAGGUCAUGAAGUUUGGGGAAAAUGCUAUGCAAGUGCUCCUGUAAGCAAAAGUGGAGAACAAAGCAUUCUUUGAAAUAAAAUGGAACAGAUGAUAAAUGUUUAGUCUGAACACAAAUGUAGCCUGACUUUUAAAGGUGCUUUUUUGGUCUCCUUGCUUGCAGUGCCUAUUUUUCUUCUUGGAUGUGAGUUCACUUUGAUUGAUAUUGAAUAUGAAUUUUUUCAUUCAUAUUGAACAGUGUGAAUAAAGAGUUAUUAAGAA